CGCGGGAUAAUUGGCUAGGACGGGAUGCUAACUAAACGGAGAUCUUGAAUUACCAGUGGCAGUUGAAGACUGAGAUAUCCACAGGUAGAGAGAAAGAGUAGCAGGCAUUCUAACAGGGAGGAGAUGGCGCAGUCUAACAGCAGGUUGUAUUCAGGGCCUCUGUCCCAGGCGGCACAGAAGAUCCUGGUGGUUCUGCGGGCCCAGAGUGGACAUGCAGCCAGACGCAACCACAACUACUACUACGAUCACAGGCAAAUAGAGGAGCGGGAUAAUGGCAGCCAGUGGGAGCCGUGGGCUCAGAGCAGCUGGAACUUGAGUCAGCAAGAGAACAAAGAGGGAGGCACAGACCGGCCCCAGGUGCCCUCCUUUUCCACUUCUUACAAUGACGCCUCUAACCAGUGGCAGAGCUCUCAGACCUCAGCCUGCUAUCAGUACUCACAGACACCAGACUGCUCCCUGUCAUCCCAGGCCUCCUCCUGCUGGGAUUCCUCACUUCAAAGGCAGACGUCUCAGACUGAAGCCUAUUAUCGGUGCUCACAGGUUUAUUCCCACAGAAAGUACUCCGAACCCCCUGCUUGCCAGUCCAGUCAGGCUCUGUCAUUCACUCAGCAAGAGGAGACGGCAGCAUCUCUCUCCAAUAGAGACAGAUACACCCUCUCCCUCCAAAUACCAAAGACACUUUAUGAACAUCAAGCUACACCAUGGAGAAGCUCCACUGAAGAAAUCAGGCCACAUUUCACCCUCAAUCUUUCUCCAGACAAGAAGGAUCAUGAUAUAGUUUUGUUCUCCCCAACCAAUUACCCUGAUACCCACAAAGCUGAGCCUGCUUUGGCUUGUCACAAAGUUUCUUCUUUCCUUAAAAUAAGUGAAGAGACAGAAAAUGAAACAUCAGGUGCACAGAAAGAAAACAGAAAUGCAGAGAGCUUGGACAGCCUAGCAAAGUGGAAGCUACAUCAAUUCAACCCCACUAAAGAGGUCAUCAGUGGAGAAGAGGAUGGGGGCAUACUAUAUCACCAAUCAGAGGAAGGGGUUCAGCAAAUAGUGGAUUCCAAAAAUAUGUGGGUAGGUGCAGCAGAAAUCUCAGACCAAGGACAUGAAAUGCAUGAUGGAGCAACUGAUCAGGAGGCAAGACACUGGGAUGCACCCUUGCCACAUGAGAAAGGAUCAGCCAAUGAAAUACAAGAAUUUCAAUUCUUGGGAACCAAUGAGAACACUAGUUUAGAGAGAAAUUUGAACUUGGUAUUUACAAGUAAAAAGGACAAAAGCUUCCAUUGUUAUUCUGAGGUUGCAAAGUCUGGGCAGAAAGAACAUAAUGACUUUGAUUAUAUAGUUAAUACACAUGAAAUCAAAGUUGAACAUUCACCUAGCAUUGAGGAUAAAGAGAUUUCAGUGGGAGGUCUUCCGGGCACUCCAAAAAAGAUCUUGACAUCUUCAGAAAAGGGAGAGCACAAGUGGGGCCACUGCCAAGCUGAAAGCCCUCAGGAUGUGAGUCAGACUGCAACUGAAACAGUAGAGAAGGACAUGACAGAAAACCGACCAUUAUUUCUGGGGGACAACACUGCUGAUAACCGGGAGAGAACCAAAGAGGAAGGAAUAGAAGUAAUGGAGGUUGAUUUGGAAGUGCAGAAAGAGAGCAGUGCAGUCGUUGAUUCAAGCAUUGAAGAUAAAAUUGAAACAGAGCAACACCAUUGUUCUGAUGUCCAAAUAAGACAAAGCCAGUGUGAGACAGAUUAUAGAGGGGUCAAUGAGUUACCUGGAGGAGACAUUGAGCCAGGAGAGAAGGGGGGAGAUAGAAACGAGUAUGUGAUGCCACCUGUGGACAGCGAAAAUGCAAGUACAUCUACAGAGGAUUUGGGUAGAGAAAGUUCUCCCACGCCACCAUUGUCCCAGAAGUGCAGUGCAAAAAGGUUAAAGUUCAGAGCUCCCUGUCUCCUUGGGAACCACCAGCACCAUGGCAAUGUACAAACUGCUAUUGGAAAUGUCAGAGGGAUCAGCUCAACCGAGAUACUGGCCUCAACAUGCAGUUUUGCUGCUGGACAAAAUUCCUUCUCAGCACAAGACUUGAUCUCAACUACCACAAAACCAAGCAAAAAACUGGGAAACAGCCACCUACCUACAUCCGAAACUCAUUCAUGUCAUCCUCCCCUUAUCCCCUCCUUCCCCUUAAAGAGGAAGCUUGAAGUACUUAAGCGACAAUAUGCUGACCCUCCUAAAAUCUACAUAAUCAGACAUCCUCCAAAAUGGGAGCCUCCUUAUUCCUCUCAAGAAAAGGCAGGGGAAGUAGAGGGAAAUGAGCUGAAGAGAGCCAAGCCUGGGACCUCAAUCCCUGAACUUCCAGCUGUAAUCCCAAAACCACAGACGGAAGUCAGUCCUUUACAUAAAACAGGAAAAGUGUUAGGGGUACAUAAAGACCCAUAUGGCCCAAAGCAAGUUCGACAAAUCCCUAAAUCAGCUAGGAAAACUUCCAAACAGACCCCAUCUUCUGUGACCUCCAAACCACUCAAGCGGGCCAAAAGUGGGCCUGAUGAGAAAAUACAUGGGCCAAAGUUAUCCCACAACGAGGCUAAUGGUAAUGAGCCCCAGAACCAACCCAAAGCUGGCUGUCUGACUGCAACCCUGACGUCUGAUCCUAGAGUAAAGGAUUCUUGUAAAAUGAAACCAGAUGAGAAGAUGCAAAUGCUUGAGGAGGUGGGAAAGACCAAGGCGCUGGUGCUAACCUUGGUGUAUCGAGAUGGAACAACUCAGCUAGACCUAGAACAGAAGCUCACUCAAGCAGUGUGUGGCCUUCUCAUACUGAUGAAGAACAGUCUUGACCGCAGCAUACCAGAGGACACGCUCGGGCCUAAUGACAGUCUGGUCUACUUAAAACUAGAGCACACACCUGCAUGGGCCCAGCAACACAAACACCAGAGCCAGGAGCUCUUUACUAGAGAUAUAUUGCUACAGGUGCUAUCAAAAUCCCAACUGGUGGUGUGCUAUAAAGCCAAGGAUUUACUUCGUACAGCUCUGCAGUUUUACAGACGAGACCUCAGCUGGAAACAAGUGGCAGGCUGCCAUAUCCAGGACCCACAGGUGUCAGGGUGGCUUCUGGAUCCUACAAAUCCCUCCUCCUGCUACCCGGACCUUCUCAAUAAACACAAUAAAAGACCCCAUACAACACCUGCCCUGGGUACCAAGAAGGUUUCUCAGGUCAUCACAGGUCUCUAUUCACUCUACUGUCUUAACAUGAAGCUAUGCUUUAAACUACAGAGCCAGGGGCUGUGGGAGCUGUACUCAGACAUGGAGCUUAACAUGAUCUCUGUUUUGGCAGCCAUGGAGAGCCAUCACAUCCAUGUGGACAAAGAAGCUCUUAAGAGAACUUCAGACCUGCUGGGGGCUAAGAUGAAGCAGUUAGAGCAGGAGGCCCACCGAGCAGCUGGAGAAAUAUUCAUGGUCACCAGCAACACUCAACUACGAACAGUCCUGUUUGAGAAGCUGUGCCUCCAUAAGCGUUGUGAGAACAAGAAACUUCCCAAGACUAUCAACAAACAACAGCAGUCGACAUCAGAAGCUGCAUUGUUGCAGCUUCAGGACCUGCACCCUCUGCCAAAGAUCAUUCUAGAGUACAGACAGGUUCACAAAAUCAAGUCCACUUUUGUUGAUGGGAUUCUCUCAUGCAUGAUGAGCAAGAACUACGUUUCCUCUACGUGGUACCAAACAAGUUCGGUGACAGGGAGAAUCUCAGCCAAGCAUCCAAACUUCCAAGCCCUCCCAAGACAGCCACUUCAAAUCACCAAGAAGCAGUACAUCGAAGGAAAGGAGAAGGAAGUGGUGACUGUUCAUCCUCGGGCAAUGUUUAUCCCUCAGGAAGGAUGGACUUUUCUUGCUGCAGACUUCUGCCAGGUGGAGCUGCGUCUGUUGGCUCACCUUUCCUCUGACCCUGAGCUGCUCCGCAUUUUCACCAACCCACAGGCGGACGUCUUUACCAUGUUGGCCUCUCAGUGGAAAGGGGUCAGCGAGGGGGAGGUGACUUCUGAGGAUCGGGAACAUGCCAAACGCAUUGUCUACUCUGUUGUGUACGGGGCAGGUCGUGAGCGUUUGUCGGGGAUCCUCGGUGUGAGCACGGAGCAGGCCAGCCGAUUCCAGGACAGCUUCCUGCAGACCUACAGAGAAGUCCAUGCCUUCAUCCAGAGGACCAUCCAGCAGUGCCACAAACAAGGGUAUGUGCUCUCAAUCAUGGGUCGUCGACGCACCUUCCCUAACAUUAACGCCCCCGAUUGGGGCAUCCGCAUGCAGGCUGAGAGGCAGGCAGUCAACUUUGUGGUCCAAGGUUCUGCUGCUGAUCUUUGUAAGAUGGCCAUGAUCAGAAUCUUCAACCUGGUCUCCUCUUCCAGCUCAUGCUCUGCCAGGCUGAUAGCACAGCUCCAUGAUGAGCUUCUGUAUGAAGUGGAGGACUCCCAGGUGGAACAGUUUGCAGAUCUGGUGAGGAGCACCAUGGAGUCCCUUCAGCACAUAGACCACCUGGGGGUCCAUCUUAAAGUCCCCCUGAAGGUGGCAGUCUCCAGUGGCAAGUCUUGGGGAUCCAUGUCUGAGCUUAACAUCCCUCCAAAGUCUCCUUCUCUUUAAGUCCUGCCUCUUUUUGCGUUUGCUGUCUUUCUCCCCCUUUCAUCACCUCUUUUGCUUCUUCUACCACCACACCUCUGUAUUGAAUACAUUUUACAACACUUUCUUGCUCUGCUCCCCCUUGGUGUGUUCUCAUCCUUCUGCCUCUUCUUAAUUUCUUGUUACAUUUUUUUAUCUUGUAGUCUGUCUGUUUUACUCAGUCUGUCUCUCCCGCUCCCUUCACGUGUCCUGCAUCCACAUUGCUAUGGAAACCAGGCAGCUGCAGCUCCUUCCAGCUCCCAGUUCUUGCUUUCACUCCAUCCGUAUCCGGGGGCAACGGCAGGAGCCACAGACUGGAUCACUCUUCUCCUUCCUCCUCUCCUCUGUUUUCACACUCUUAUUAAGACCAAUGCUGUUUUUGCUGCUUUGUUACCAAGGUGAAUCACCACAUUUGAUACAGUGCUUGAUAUUUAUUGGUUCAUAAAAUGUUUUGUAAAUUUUUUUGUAAAAAGGAGUAACGUUGAUCGACUGUGUACCUGCAAUAUGGUGUACUGUGUUCUAUAGAAAAGAUGCUUGUGUUUAUUAUUUUUAUCCUUUGUUUGUGCAGAAUAAUUCUUGCUUUGAGGUUCCCACUUGAUAAACCCAAUAACCUUUCUCACCC